CCCAUCCCCUUAAGCCAAAUACAAUGUCACAGCUCAGAGUUCUUAUUGUCGGGGCAUCAAUUGCCGGUCCAACUGCAGCCUACUGGUUCGCUAAAGCCGGCGCAAAGGUCACUAUCAUCGAGCGCUUCCCUCAACUCCGCACUAACGGCCAAAAUAUCGACAUUCGCACAGUCGGCGUCACCGUGAUGAGAAAGAUACCUGGAAUGGAGGAGGCGGUGCGAGCAAAGACCAUACCACUGAAAGGCAUCAGCUUCAUCCGCUCUGACGGCCGCCCAUAUGGAACAAUCUCAACAACGGGAGAUCCAGACCAGCAGUCACUCGUUUCCGAGUACGAAAUCUUCCGUGGCGAUCUAUCCCGGAUCUUGUACGACCAGACCGCAGCUCAUCCGAGCAUCAAGUAUGUCUUUGGUGAACAGGUCGCCUCGAUACAACACAACCAAAACGAUGGACCUAUCACGGUCCAAUUUGCGAACGGCUUGUCCGAGGCGGAAUUUGAUCUUGUUGUGGCCUGUGACGGGGCUACCUCGAGGACCCGGGCGAUGGGCUUUGGAGUUGGCGUGCGGGAUCACAUCGUUCCCACCGGUGGCUGGGCAGCGUACUUCUCCAUCAAGAAAGAUCUUCUGGAGGGCAGCAACAUAGCAAAAGCAUACAAUGCGGUUGGGGGUCGCUUUAUGGCUGCAGGGCCUGAUCCCUGGGGUGUGAACCGAGUCGUCAUGAUCAAAAAUCACCCAUCAAGCGACAGCAACGCCACAGGACCAUUUCAGGAUGCGAUGAAGCAGGGUGAAGAUACGCUUAAAAGAUUCGUCGCUCAGACCUUUAACAAAGCCGGUUGGAGGUGUGAAGAUAUUGUCAAGGAUAUGAUGGAGGCAGAGGACUUUUAUACCAGCGAGAUCGUCCACGUGAAAGUCCUGCAACUCUCGAAAGGCCGAGUUGUGUUGGUUGGAGACGCGGGCUACGCCGCUUCUACGGGCACAGGGACGAGCCUCGCUAUGGCCGGCGCUUAUGUGCUGGCGGGUGAGGUCUGCAAGCACAAGGGCGACCUGUCAAGGGCUCUUCAGGGAUAUGAAGAGACGAUGCGGCCCCUCAUCGAUGACAUGCAGAAGGUUCCUCUGCUCCUCCCAUCUAUUCUUGCACCACAAACAUCUUGGGGACUAUGGCUUAAAAACACUGUUGUCACCUUUGUCUGUUGGACUGGAAUUCUGGAACUCACGCAGAAAUUUUUUGCCGGGUCGUUCGCCAAUACUAACAGGUAUAAGCUGCCCGAGUAUGAAUGGGAGACCUAGUACUUGAGGCUUUGUGUUUUUUACAGUUAAAGUGUCAUGGUACCAUUCUCAUCUUGUCAAAAGACACACAAUAUUUGUGUUGAGUAUAUAAUCUAGAGCGAGAAGAAUUGAAAGAACAAAAGAGAAUAAGG